AUGGCUCGCCACGGGGAUUCUCGCUCACCAUCACCUGUAGGCAGCACAUACUCUUCGUCCAAGCGAAGUCGCAGAGAUGAUGAUCGCUAUGAGCGAAGCAGGCGAGAUGAUGGACGCAGUUAUCGCCGGUCUCGCAGCCCGGGGAGGCGAUACCGUGAACGUGACCGUGAUUUAUACCGGAGACGUGACCGCUCGUUAGAUAGACGCGAUGAUUAUCGGGACGAACCCAACUACAGACCUAGUCGGAGAGAGCGCUCUCGCGACCGUCGGCGUUCCAGAGAUAGAGAUGAUGACCGCGAUUACCGUCGGAGAAGUCGCGAGAGAGACUACCGAGGCAAGCGAGAUGAUUCCCGCAACAGGGCUCGGAGACGGACAGACGAUUCUGCUGACUUGAAGCACAAGUCUAGACGGGAUGAUAGCCGUGACCGUGUUUCGGACAGGAAUUCACCGGCCUCGAAACCAUCCACACCCGCCGCAGCUCCCACGGACGAAGGAAAACGAGCCGAAAGACUAGCCAAGUUGGAAGCAUGGAAGCAAAAACAAGCUGCGGAGAAGGAGCGGAAGCAACGAGAACAAGCUGAAUCUGGUGGCGCGAAGAGCAUACUGGAAGAAAUAGACAGAAAAUCUGGCGCAUUGCCAACGGCGAACGUACCCCAUGCCACUGCUGCACCAGCUAUCGAGGCCACGUCUGCCGUACCCACUCGAAAAUUCGACCCGAAGGCGAUUGCCAAAAACGCCACACCAACUACAGCUGCUCCCGCCGUACUUGGCGAGGAUGUUGCGGUUCCGCAAGCUAUCAAGGCAUCUGCUGCACAACCGAGUGUGCCCUCAGCUGCGUCUUCAUCUGCCUUCAAAGCAAAGGGCAAUGUUGGUGGAUUUGGAUUAGGCUCCAGACCCUCCGCAGACACCGAGAAACCGUCCGCCACCAAGACACUUGGAUUUGGCGAAGAAGAAUCCACACGAAGGAAACUAGAGAAGCUGCCUACUCCCCCAUUAGAUGAUGCAAAGGAUACCGUUCCUGCGGCAGAUGAUGAAGACGACGAUGUCGAUAUGCAAGAGGGCGGGACCGAAGAAGAAAAUGCAGCUGCAGCAAGGGCGGCCGCUGAAAGACGAGAAGAGCGAUUACUCCAGGUGCAGUCCAAUGGUCAGCCCAACGGAGAUGUCGAGAUGCAAGACGUCUCCCAUCAACCCAAAGAGUCCAUAGAGGCGGAACAAGAGGAGGAGGUUGAUCCUUUGGACGCAUUUAUGUCGGAAUUGGCGGAUUCGGGUCCGCCCAAAAAGACCACUGGCGCCAAAUUUUCCAAACAGAAGGAACAGGAGCCAGAGGCCAUCUUUGCGGACGAGUACGACAUGACGGCGGUGGGGGAUGGUGAUGCUGAUGACUUCCUUGCCAUUGCGAACAAGACCAAGAAAAAGAAGGACAUCCCUACAGUUGACCACGCCAAGGCUGAAUAUGAGGCUUUCCGAAAGAAGUUCUACACGGAGCCAUCCGACCUGGCCCAGAUGUCCGAAGAGGAUGCAGCAAGCCUGCGGCUGGAACUUGAUGGGAUCAAAGUACGGGGAGUUGAUGUUCCCAAGCCUGUGCAGAAGUGGUCUCAGUGUGGGUUGGGCGUGCAGACUUUGGACGUCAUCGAUAAGCUCGGCUAUGAAAGUCUCACUUCAAUCCAGGCUCAGGCGAUUCCAGCAAUCAUGAGUGGCCGUGAUCUGAUUGGCGUAGCCAAGACAGGUUCCGGAAAGACCAUUGCAUUUUUGAUACCCAUGUUCCGGCACAUCAAAGACCAGAGGCCGUUGGAGAAUAUGGAGGGACCCAUCGGUCUGAUCAUGACUCCUACCCGUGAGCUGGCCACUCAAAUCCACAAGGACUGCAAACCGUUCCUGAAAGCUCUAGGUCUUCGGGCAGUCUGUGCUUAUGGAGGUGCGCCGAUUAAAGACCAGAUUGCGGAUCUCAAGCGUGGCGCCGAAAUCAUUGUGUGUACUCCGGGUCGGAUGAUCGAUUUGCUUGCUGCGAAUGCAGGCAGAGUCACCAAUCUGAGGCGAGUUACCUACGUGGUGCUGGACGAAGCAGAUCGUAUGUUUGACAUGGGUUUCGAACCUCAGGUGAUGAAAAUUAUGGCAAAUGUACGACCCGACCGUCAAACCGUGUUAUUCUCAGCAACUUUCCCGAAAAACAUGGAGGGUCUUGCUCGCAAGACUUUGGCCAAACCAGUUGAGAUUGUUGUUGGAGGCAAGAGCGUUGUUGCACCUGAGAUCACGCAGAUUGUCGAGGUCCGCAACGAAGACAAGAAGUUCGUGCGACUUCUCGAGUUGCUGGGCAAUCUGUAUGACGACGAGCAGAAUGAAGAUGCUCGAGCCCUGAUCUUCGUGGAUCGUCAAGAGGCCGCCGAUACCCUUCUCCGUGAAUUGAUGCGCAAGGGCUAUCCUUGCAUGUCCAUCCACGGAGGCAAAGAUCAAGUGGAUCGUGACUCGACAAUUCAGGACUUCAAGGCGGGCAUUUUCCCCGUACUGGUCGCCACCUCCGUUGCGGCCCGUGGCCUGGAUGUGAAGCAGCUUAAGCUCGUUGUGAACUACGAUGCACCCAAUCACUUGGAAGAUUACGUUCACCGAGCUGGUCGGACCGGUCGUGCUGGUAACACCGGUACCGCGGUAACCUUCCUGACGGAAGACCAGGACCGAUACUCUGUGGACAUCGCCAAGGCAUUGAAACAGAGCGGACAAGAUGUGCCAGAAGACGUUCAAAAACUGGUAGAUUCAUUCCUGGAGAAGGUUCGAGCCGGAAAGGAGAAGAAGAGCACUAGUACGUCGGGCUUUGGCGGUAAAGGUCUGGAGCGACUGGAUCAGGAACGAGAUGCGGCACGAAUGCGUGAACGCAAAACAUACAAGACCGGCGACGAAGGCGAAGAGGAAGAUGAGAAGGAAGAGAAGAAUGAGAAGGCCGAAGAGAAAUUCAACAAGGUCGUCUCACAGGUACAAUCAGCCGCGGCAUUACCAGGCGUUCCCAAGGGCAUCGAUCUGGACGGCAAGAUCACUGUUCACCGGACUGAGAGGGACCCGGCCAGCGCGUCGAAGAACCCAUUGGACAAGGUUGGCUCUGCAGUUGCUGAUAUCCACGCACGCUUGAGCAAGGCUGGUGUGAUGAGAUCCGGUGUGCCCAUUGAUAACCGUGGACCGGAUGCGGGAGCGUUCCACGCAACUCUGGAGAUCAACGACUUUCCUCAAAAAGCACGAUGGGCCGUCACCAACCGCACGAACGUGGCCAAGAUUCUCGAAGCGACGGGUACAUCGAUUACAACCAAGGGAAGCUUCUACGGGGCGGGCAAGGGACCUGCACCGGGCGAGAACCCCAAGCUCUAUAUUCUUGUUGAGGGUGAAACUGAGUUGUCAGUUACCAAUGCGAUGCGCGAGUUGAUGCGGUUGCUCAAGGAGGGUACGAUGGCAGCUGCGGAUAGUGAAUCGAGGGCGCCGGUGGGAGGACGGUAUAACGUUGUUUAA